AUGUUCUAUCAUAUCGCACUAGAACACGAUGUACUGCUCCAUCCUCGGUACUUUGGUCCACAGUUAUUAGACACAGUAAAACAAAAGUUGUAUCGUGAAGUUGAAGGCACUUGUACUGGAAAGUAUGGAUUUGUAAUUGCUGUAACCCAUAUUGAUAAUAUUGGUUGUGGAUUAAUUCUGCCUGGUCAAGGAUUUGUUGUAUACACCGUAAAAUAUAAAGCUAUUGUUUUCCGACCCUUUAAAGGUGAAGUUUUGGAAGCUGUAGUUACGCAACUUAACAAAGUAGGAAUGUUUGCAGAAAUUGGACCACUCUCCUGUUUUAUAUCUCAUCAUUCCAUACCAUCAGAGUUACAGUUUUGUCCAAAUACUUCACCUCCAUGUUACAAAUCAAAAGAAGAAAAUAUAGCAAUACAGCCUGAAGACACAAUAAGAUUAAAAAUUGUUGGAACACGUGUUGAUGCAUCAGGAAUAUUUGCUAUCGGUACAUUGAUGGACGAUUAUUUAGGAUUAAUCCAUUAA